CCCUUGAAGAAAGCGUGUUUUUUUGGUUUCAAUUUUGAUUAUCGAUCUGUCUGAAGGCUGAAUCCGAUCAUCAUCAUCAUCUUGUUGAUUUCAAUCGGGCUUCUGUUCUCCUUCUUCAAUCCAACGGGCUCUUGAAGGAAUGGAGAUGAAAUAUAUUGAACAGUAUAUUUCACAUUCGUUUCUUUCCAGCGUUCGUCAUCACGUAGUUCUCGCAGUCGAUCAAAUAGCUCGACGGUUUCCAAAAGACUCCAUAAAGAGUAAUCAACGGAGUAGUUGUAAGUUCAGGUCUUGUUAGAUUUUUAUCUUUAUUUUAUAUGCUGGGUUUUCUCAAAUUGGACAUACAUACAUACAUACUCAACUUUCCAAGAUUUCAAUUCUGUCCUGACCUGACCGGAUCUAAUCAAUGCCUCAUUCCUAACUGUAUUCUCGCUGUUCUUGAAUCUGGGUUGCUGAUGAUGGCUUAAACUGGCUGUGUUCAAGAGUAUUAGGGUUUGAAAAAUUGAAUGGCUGAAAAGAAAGAAUUAGGGUUUCCAAAGAAUAAUGCUUCUAAUUUAAAAGAAAUCUUGGCAAGAAGAACUCUCGAUAGUGUGAGGUUGCAAGGGCAUAAAUAUGUAGAACUUAGGGAAGAUGGAAAGAGUUUUGUAUUCUUCUGCACUCUGUGUCUAGCUCCAUGUUAUAGCGAUACUGUUCUGUAUGAUCAUCUGAAAGGAAAUCUCCACAAUCAACGCCUUCGCGGUGCUAAACUCACUCUCCUGAAACCAAAUCCAUGGCCAUUUAACGAUGGUGUGCUUUUCUUCCAUGAAAAGUUAACAGCAGUGACUGCUAAAGAGACCAGAUUGCUUUCAGAUGAUAACGUUGGAGAGGAAAACGGUCUCUCUCUUGUUUGUUACGAUGAAAAUUUGAUUCGCAAGAAUUCAAGCAAGAACAAUGUGCGUGCCAAAGGUCUGGUGAUCCCUGGAGUAUUGCUGAAGGAAGAAAUUUCUGAUUUAGAAGUGACAUCGAUAGGCAUUGGUCAAAUUGGCGGAAGAUUCUAUGAGAAAGAUGACGGUUCGAAAGGAGUUCUUAGGUUAUGGUGUGAAUGGCUUGGGAAAAAGAAUCUAUCCGACGAAGAUAUCCUAGCGGUUCCAUUACAUGACUUCUCUAUUGUAACGUUUUCUUACUAUUACAUUUUGGGUGUAAAAGGAUUGCUAGAUGAUGUCAAAUACUUGCUUCCUCCUAAUUCUCAAGCCAUCCAUGAAGGAAAUGAGAACGGUGGAAAGAAAAGAAAGAAGAAGUCUAUUUCUGAUUCAGAAGGCUUAAUCUAUUCUUCAAAUGGUUCCAGCUCAACGAUGCUAUUAGCUGGACUUGACGACCCGAUUCUUCAUUCAAACCUAGUUUCGAGCAAAGCACUCAGGAAAGAAUUGAGACGAAAGCAACGAAUAGUAGCUGAAAAUCGAAUGUGUGGUAUCUGUCAACAAAAGUUGCUUCCGGGUAAAGAUGUUGGAACGAUUCUCAACAUGCAAACCGGAAGACUUCUUUGCUGUAGCAGAAAUUUAAACGGGGCGUUUCAUCUGUUUCAUAUAUCUUGCCUCAUACAUUGGAUAUUGCUGUUCGAGUCAACGAAACACACAAUUCAGGCAGUUAUUCCCCCGAAGGUAAGAAGGAGAUCUAAAAGGAACUUGGCAGCUAAAGGAAAAGAAGCAGUACAAGAACCCGGGCGAAGACAGCAAUCUGUCUACUGUCCUGAGUGCCAGGGUACAGGCAUUGCUAUUGUUGGAGAAGACCUGCAAAAACCAUCUAUUGAUCUUUCUGAGGUGUUUAAACAGAAAAUCAAAGUGAGCAAUGCACACAGGGAUUGGAUGAAGAAUCCCGAAGAAUUGAAGAAUUGCUCGACGGGAUUUAAUUUCCUUGAUGAAUGUGACUUAAAAGUGCAGGAUUCUAUUUCAUCUUUGAAGCUGAUGCAGUUCUUCCGAGCGGCGGAAGAAUAGACAACAAAGUAAAAACUAGGGCAUUUUAUUAGUGCUUUUGUCACAUUGAUAAAUAGUUGUAACUGUCAAGUUGUUUUAGGGAUGUGUAAUAUUCUAAGUUGAAGGAUCAUUUUAGUUUCUUGUAGUAAGUAUAGUAUAGUAUAUGUGAAACAACAAUUGUCAAUGUUGUGUAAGUUCCUUGGUAUAUUUUGAAAAUUAUGUAAAAGGAUAAUUUCUUUACAAAGA